CCAAUGCAUGGAGCCAACACUGCUUUCGGGAGAAUUUCACUUCCCAUCCUGCUCCUCUGCCAGACUGAUCUGGGUGCACAAAGGCUUUGCUGAAGGUGCGAAGCACACAGAGUCAGCGGCGGCUCUUCAUCCGCAAGAACCUCUUGCUCAGACUGACCAUGUACACGCUAGAUCAAGUUUCGCCGCAGUGGAGCAGCUGCUCAAGAGUCUAGAUGAUCAACUUGCUCCGUCUGCAUGCUUCUUCCCCAAUUGGCGAUUCCGCCCAGUCCCCAGGCGCACCUGACGUGCAUACCGCGCGGGAGAGAUCCAGAGCAGCGCUUGCGUUUGCUUCCUUUGCCGCCGUCUUUGCUUGGCGUGGCACUGGUGCGUGCCACGACGGGCUUAGCGCCAGUGCGGAGGUACGUGCUCUCAUGGUCCUCAUGCACCAAGGGGCUUCCCCUAAGAUAAGGCGACUUGGCAGGCGGCUUGGCUCGGAUAGGGCCUGCAGCCAGCUUUGCGGCGUCUAUAGGCCCACCCGAGUUACGCACAGCGUCAGCAAGAUCUUCGCUUGUGCGGAUCGGUGCGGCGCUCGCCUGCUUGACGGCAGAGACCGCGAGCAGGCUGGCAAGGACCGUGACAAUGCUGAGCUUCAUCUCGUUGUACUUCAGUCAAGCGCGAAUGUCAGCUGAGGUCUGCCGACUCGGAGACCUGCUCGGUACGCACUUGAAUAAUUUAAAGAAGCAGCGUGGAGCUGACGAGUAGGCGCGCAAGAUGUGACAAGCUGGAGAUAGUAUUGGGGGACUUUUCGAAAUACCGAGAGAAGAGGGCUAGAGGGAUAAGGACAGGCCGGAUGUCCGAAUGA